AAUGCUAGAGAUGUAACAGUAGAAGUCUCACCUUUCUACUCUGUAUUCAGAAUGGCUUAUGCUAUUAAAGUCAAUAAACAAUUGAAUAUUUCACAACCAACAUCUUUAAUUUCUGAUUCAGUUCCAACCCUUCAUGAGUUUUUUGAAAAACUAAAUAAAGCUUAUAAUGAUGGUAACAAUGAUUAUUUAAAAUUGGAAGCAGCAUUUGCAAGAGAAAAACUAACUGUAAAUGGUAUUAAAGAUUUAAAUGACGAAUAUCUAAAGAAAGAACUAGAG